UAAGAUUUUGUUUUCCAUCCGUCCGCCCCACCAGAUCGUUUUUUUUGGGGGGCACCCCCACCAGAUUGUUGAGCAUUGAGAUCCACCGCUUUGCCUAUCGGGACAAAAGCAAAUCCAUUUCAAACCCCGAAAGCCCCCGGACCCCGCCGGGCGAGCAGCAGCAGCACCACCGCCGAAAGCACCCGAAAUCCCAAGCGCAAGUGCGUCAUCAGCGCAUCACCCACUCCGCCGCACGGCACAACUCGAAGCCCAGCCUUUCCCGAAACUACCCCUCGACCUUGUCCGCCUCCAGCCACGUCCCCUGGGGUACAACCGUCCAUAACCCACCCCGCUGACGAUUUACUAGCCGUUAGACGGUUACUUCAUCCCUCCCGUCCUUUUCCUUUCCUCCCCGCAGAGUUCAAAUUCGAAUCCCGGGACCCUCCAAAGUCCAAAUCCCCCCAAAUAAAACCCGUCAACAACGACGCCUCCUUCCUUUUCGUCGAAUCAAUCGAGUCAUCCCCGACCGAGACGCGAUUCGAGACGUCAGGCCGAUGGGGAUAGAAGCCAAAUGCGGUGGCCUGGCCGUCGCCACCGGCGCCACGGUCCGGCGGCCGCUGCAGCCGCGGGACACCAACGUGGCCGCGUCCACGGUGGUGGUCGGGAAGGCCGCGCCGAAGCCCAAGGCGAAGCCGAAGGCGGUGACGAGGCUGGCCGCUUCGCCUCCGCCGCUCCCGCCGUCGCCGCCGCCGCCGCCGCCUGCGCCGGUGGUGGUGGUGAAGCCGCGGGUGAAGGCUGAGUGCGGUGUGGCCGUGGUUCCGGUUGCAGAGGUGUCGCUGGCGGAGGAGCUCGAGAGGGCGCGUGAGCGGCGGGGCCGGCUGCGGGAGGCGAGGGAGCGGACGGAGCGGGGGAUGGAUGGCCGCGCGGAGGCGCUGGACCGGGAGGCGGCGGAGUGGGAGCGCCGCGCGGACGAGCAGCGAAGGCUCGUCGCGGAGCUCAUGCGCCUCAUUGGGAUGCCCGAGGUGUAUACUCCUGUGGAAUCGCUGAGAUCCAGAGAGGAGAGGAAGCGAAGAGAGGCCAUUGCUCAUUCGUCUUCAAGGGGUUCCACCUCGACCGCAUCAACAUUGCUGGCUGAUGUUGGAGCACAAUCCUGUAGUGAUCAGGAAUCUGAGGCAACCGGAGUGGUAAAAGAGAGAGUGAAAACAACUGAGAUCAGCACGUGAUUUUGUGCCAUUAGUUUGGUUCAACUGAAAGCAGAGGUAGUUGUUGCUCUGUUUCUUGUUCUCGUAUAAAUUGUCGGUUGUGAAUGAAAUCAAAUAAGCAGAGUAUUAUGGGGUUAUCACAAAAUUUUGCUUCUUGGCGAAA